AUGCCCGCUCCUGAAGUUACACCUCUCCAUACACACACUGAGACUGCCAAAACAUUGGGGCAUGUUAACUUGAUGGUAGACACAUUGAUCGCCAAUGCCACGAUAGAAGAGCAAGUACUUGUCAUCUCGGCUGCCACUUUGCGCGCGAUCACUCGAAAUCUCCUCGCAACCGGCACUCCCAGUCUUGCAGCCGCAUUCACAGCCGCAGCACGAUCGCGUCUUCGUCAUACCAAUGCUAGACGUAUAGCGACAACAAAUGGUUUAUUCACGACUAGUCAAAAUGGUAUCCAUGCCAUUCCCACACAAGAGCUAGAUAAUGCCCUCGCCCGCGCCCGUUCUCUAUAUGGAGCUGGAAUGGGUUUUGCAAGUUUGGCUAUCCUUUCUUCUAUUGUCAAAGCGACUGUUGGUUUGAGAUGGGAAGAAGAUGGCGCAAUGGCCGAUGUUCUGGCAGCUAUCGAUACGGACAUUAGCCAAGCCAUGCAGAGUUGCAAAGAAGAACUGGAAGGUGGACGCGUGAGCGAUACGGCAAUUCCUCAGGAAGCGAUAGGCAAUCUAUGGUCGGAUAUCGGGGAAAGUGCCAGGGACGUCGAAAUUUGGGGAGGAGAAUUUCCUUUUGACAGAGCAUCCAAUAGCAUCGAGUGCUGGAAGUUUUAG